UUCAAUUUUUUGUUCAACAAAUUUUUAUCCAACAAGUUGUGAGCUGUCCAACAAUUAGAGAAUAUUGGAUAACAUUUCACCUCCUAAUUUUAUUUUUUCAACUGUAAUAUAUUUCUUUGUUUGCUCCAUUGCAUUUGUUACUGUUUUAUCAAUAAAUUAUUUGAUUAUUUGAUUUACUCUAUUUUAUUAUUAGAUAUUUGGAUUACUUGUAUUAGUUUUAAGACUUCUUGUUAUUUUUACGUAAAAUAUUAUAAUCUUUAUUGUUGAUUUUAGUUUUAUGAACAUGAAAUUAAUUAUGAUUAUAUUGAUUUUAUUUCUAGCAAUGGAAAGAUUUUCAAAAGAAAAUCAACAUCAGAACAAUCAUCUUCUGCUCAAGUACUUGACAAAUGUAGAAGUAUAAUAUUAGGUCCAUCCAAUAGAAAAAGAUUUUUAGAAUUUGAUUUGGAAAAACUUCCUAAUGAUCCUGGUUUAAGGCCAAAAAGUCAUAUUAUCAUCCAAGUGAUAGAGAUGAAAUUAGGAGAUGUUAUUUGCAAAAAGGUCCUUGUCAACCAAAAGAGAUUAAUUUUCCACAAAGACAAUUUGGGGAUACAAUUUAUAAAUUUAAUCCAGAUUGAUAUUCUGAAUAUGGCAAUUGGUUAGAAUAUAGUCAAAAGGAGGAUGCGACAUAUUGCUUAUGUUGUUAUCUUAUGAGAUCACAUGUUGGAGAACAUAAAGGUAGUGGUGAUGCAUUUAUAACAUAGAGUUUUACAAAUUGGGAAAAAAGUGACAAGUUUCAAGUUCAUGUAGGAGGCCCAAAUAGUUUUCAUAAUCAAGCAUGGAGAAAUUGUGAAACUCUAAUGAAACAAAAGCAACAUAUUAAUGUUGCCAUAUGUAAACAGUCUCGUCAAGUUAAAGAGGAAUACCGAAUUCAUUUGAUUGCAAUAGUUGAUUGCAUUCAAUCUUUAUUAUGCCAAGGGUUGGCUUUUCGUGGUAAUGAUGAGUCAAUGUCAUCAUGUAAUAAAGGGAAUUUUCUUGAAUUUCUGGAUUUUCUUGGUAACCAUAAUGAAACUAUUCAUAAAGUUUUGAAGAAUGCUCGUAAAAAUCUUAAGUUAACAGCUCCUACAAUACAAAAAGAUAUUGUUAGAGCUGAUGCUUGUGAAACCACUAAAGUUAUACUUGAAGAUCUAGGAGAUAAUUUAUUUUCUAUUUUGAUUGAUGAAUCUCGAGAUAUCUCUGUUAAGGAACAAAUGGUUGUGACUUUAUGUUAUGUGAAUGAGAAAGAGCAAGUUGUGGAGCGUUUUCUUGGUCUUGUUCAUGUUUCUAAUACUAAUGCUCUAUCAUUAAAAUCGGCUUUGGAGUCUUUAUUUGCCAAAUAUGGGUUAAGAUUGUCAAGGUUACGUGGACAAGGAUAUGAUGGAGAUAUGAUGGAGCAAGUAAUAUGCAAGGUGAAUUCAAUGGUCUCAAAAGUGCUUAAUAUUAAGGGAGAAUUGUUCAGCAUUCUAUAUUCAUUGUUUUGCUUAUCAACUCUAAUUAGCUCUUGUUAUGGUAGUAAAAAAGCAUAUUGAAAUUGUAUUAUUUUUUAAUUUAGUUGCUAAUUUGUCUAAUGUUAUUGGAGCAUCAUGUAAGCAUCGAUAUUCUUCGUGAAAGUCAAAUUGCAAAGGUGAAAGAAGCAUUACAAAAAGGAGAAAUCUCCAAUGGAAGUGGUUUGAAUCAAGAAACUACAAUCAAGAAGGCAGGAGAUACUAAAUGGAGCUCACAUUAUGGUACAUUACUUAAUCUAGUUUCUUUGUUCUCUUCUAUGAUUGAUGUGCUUGAAAAGGUUGAGGAAGACGGCAUUAGUUAAGAGCAAAAAGCUGAAGCAUGUGCUUUGUUUAAUUCUAUGUAAUCUUUUGAAUUUAUUUUCAUCUUGCACUUGAUGAAAAAUAUUUUGGCGAUUACUUAUGAGUUAUCUCAAGCAUUACAAAGAAAUGUUCAAGAUAUUGUAAAUGCUAUGAAAUUAGUUAUAGUGUCCAAAUAGAGGUUACAAGCUAUGAGGGAUGAUGGUUGGCAUUUUUUGUUGACUGAUGUUUCAUUAUUUUGUGAAAAGCACAAUGUUGUCAUUCCAAAUAUGAGUGAUACCUUUCAAACAAAAGGAAGGUCAAGACGCAAAAUGAAAAAAGUAUCUAAUUUACAUCAUUUUCAAGUUGAAUUAUUCUAUCAAGUGAUUGAUCGACAACUUCAAGAGUUGAAUAAUCGUUUUACAGAAGUGAAUACUGAGUUGUUUCUUUGUGUAGCAUGUUUAAAUCCAAGAGAUUCAUUUUCUACAUUUGAUAAGGAGAAGUUGAUUCGUCUUGCUCAAUUUUAUCCUUUAGAAUUUUCUCCUAUUGCACUUUUGGCACUAGAUAGUCAACUUGAAAAUUAUUUUAUAGAUGUAUACUCUGAUAGUGCAUUUUCAGAACUAGGGGGAUUAGUGAUCUUUGCAUAAAGCUUAUGGAGACCAAAAAAACAUGUUGUGUAUAUGUUGGUCUAUUUGCUUUUAGAGUUAGCGUUAAUACUACCAGUGGCAAUUGCAACAGUUGAACGAGCUUUCUCUACCAUGAAUAUCAUCAAGAAUUGGAUGCGAAACUGCAUGGGAGAUGAAUGUUUGAAUGAUUGUUUGGUUACUUAUAUAUAGAGAGAGAUUUUUUGUAAUAUUGAAAAUGAGAAAAUUAUUCAUUGUUUCUAGGAUAUGAAAACUCGUAGAGAACAAUUAUGAUAUGUAUUUAUACUUUAAAAUAUUAUGUUAUAUUGUUAAUGCAGUAAAAUUUGUACAUAUUGCCCCCACAACAAAAAAAUUCUAGAUCCGUCACUGUGUUCAACUCACAACUUAUAAAACCUUUCGUCUUCUCUGUUCUAAUAAAGUUAGUCUCUUUCACAUUUGUAGGUACUCUUAUCAUAUUCAUCUUCUUUGCUUUAACAAAGUUGAUUUCUUUUACAUAUGUAAUUAUUUUCUCAUAAUUUUCUUCAUUCUCUUUUUCUUUCUAUUAAUAGUAAAAAAAUUUUAUUAAUUUGUUCCUUUUUUCCUCUGUUUACUAGUGUUUAGUUGAUGAAGAUGUUGACUAUUUGGUUAACACAAUAUACAAACUCAAGUUUCAAAGCGAGAGACAAAUAAUCAUUUGAUUUAUGAUAAAAAUGAAGAUAUUCCAAAUGUAAGAUAUAUAAAUUCAAAUUUUAACAUAAUUAUAAAUUAAUUUUGGUCUGUAAUAGAAAAUUGUUUAUAAAAAAAGAAAUUUCAAAUUUUAGAUUUGUAAUUUAUACUCAUAUUUUGAAGAACAAUUAUAUAAAUCGCUUUUCAAGUGACAUCUAUUUUGGAUAGCAAUGCUUAUUAAAGUGGUUUGAAUCACUUUUUAAAAUGAUACAGAACCGCUCUCUAGUCUAUUGUGUGAACAACAUGAAAAGAAUGCAGACAUUGUAUUUUUUCAAAGAUUGCUCAUAAUUUGAACUUAGUUAUGCAAUAUUUGUAAAUAAUAUAAAUAUCUAACAUUAUAACUAUUUAUUUUAUGAUAAAUUUUGCUUUACUUGUUUGUUAUAUUAAAACUCUAAUUUUCUGUUAUCUUCCUUUCAAUUUCUGUGUUAUUACUUUAAGCAAGUCUUACUUGACAUAAAUGCUCAUAUUUAUCUUAAGGUAUUUAAGCUUUACUUAAACAAAAAUACCUGUCAUGAUAACAUUUCUCUCUAUUCAAUUUUCACUUUAGUCAUUUAUGUUUUGUUGAAGCAAAUUUUACUUUACUUAGAGCAAUUUAAAUUUUACUUAAGUGAGUUCAAAUGUAAGAGAAAGUGUACUCUUUAUCUAAUUUUUGCUUAAAUAAUUUCUAUUUCGUUGAAGCAUAAAUUUCUCGCUUAAGUUAUUGUCAUUAUUCCCAAUCGGUAGUCUUUGUUGAUUUUUCGCUUCAAGAAAUCAUAAUUGCUUAAAUAAACAUAUUGGUUAAAC